ACCACAUCAGAAUAUCAAAAUGUGGUGCAUCAUAAUUUUCCUUCCAAGAAGCACUGAGGUGUCUAUAUAUAUUCAGACUAUAACAAGAUAGAGAUAGCAACCUGUAGGCUAGUUUAUUUUUGUAAACCUAUCUUCAGCAUGUGGCAGCUGGAAGGGUUUUGGUGGGCAAAUGGACAAUUUUCAAAAAUGCGAAGUCAUGAUUUCCAGAUGAGAGGAGGAUCUCGGCAAUCCCCUCCGAUUGGUUAGGCUGUAGGCUACAGACCUGAAUAUUGAAUGUGCUGCAUGCUGCAAGCAGUAGGAUUCGGCGUUUCUACAAAUGGCAACUUCAACUAAGCCUGUCCUUCAUGGAUACUUCAGAAGCUCAUGCUCUUGGAGGGUUCGCAUUGCUUUGGCUCUGAAAGGAAUUGAUUAUGACCAGAAUAAUGUAAACCUUGUAAAAGAUGGUGGGCAACAGGUAACAGAUCAAUACAAAAAAAUAAACCCCAUGCAGCAAGUACCUACUUUGACCAUUGAUGACAUGACAUUGUCUCAGUCGUUGGCCAUCAUCCAGUAUAUUGAGGAAACGCGCCCUGGACCUCACCUUCUUCCACCUGACCUCAAAAAGCGUGCCCAGGUGCGCAUGAUCUGUGACAUCAUUGCUUCUGGAAUCCAGCCAUUGCAGAACCUUUAUGUGAUCAAAAAGAUUGGUGCUGAGAAAGAUUCAUGGGCCCACCAUUUCAUUCAGCGUGGGUUUGAAGCCCUGGAGCCUAUCCUCAAACAGACUGCAGGAAUGUAUAGUGUCGGGGAUGAGAUAUCCAUGGCAGACAUUUGUCUUGUGCCUCAGGUCUACAAUGCUGAGAGGUUUAAGGUGGACAUCUGCCAGUUUCCAACUAUCAAAAGGCUAAAUCAGACACUAUUAAAAAUCGAGGCCUUCAAAGUCAGCCAUCCUUCAUGUCAACCAGAUACACCUGCUGCCAUGCAGGCAUGAAAUGUAACACCUUUGAUUUAUAUCACUGAUAGAAGAGAUGCUAUUGUGUGUCUCUAAUUACCAUAUAAGGUUCAGUUAAUUAAAAUGCUUUCAUACAAAUA